AACAACAAACUUGUUUUGAGCUUUACAACUGUUGCAUAUCAUUAGCAAUUUUAGUUAAGCUUCAGAUUCGAUUCGUGACACAGUGCACUGACGGACGUGUUAAAACAAGAAAUUAAACGUAUAUUUAACAAUAAGUUAAAUAAAGAGAAAGUAUAAUAAAAACGUAGUGACGAAACUCUUUGUUAUUUUGUAUAAUGAUAAAAAAUUAGUUAAAAAUUACUUAUUGCGCAUCUAAGCAAAAUGAAUUCGGACGAAGAGAGACUAUACAAUCCCAACAAUGAGGAAAGGCAAAGCGCACAAGUGUUGGACGCAUCAGACGUGACGACGACGACAACAACAACAACAGCAUCAGCAAGUCCAACGGAUGAAACUGCCAACGAUAAUAGCACAAAAGAAUCGGUACCAAGUCCAACAGCAGUAAUACCUUUAUGUCGUCGUUGGUUCAUCUUGGAACCAGCAGUCUUCCUCGUAUUUUUAGCAUUGUAUUUAUCUGGGGCGGUUUAUCAAAAUCAAAUUCUUUAUCAGACUUGCAUUGUUGUUUACAAAUAUAAUGACACGGAAUGCCAACCACUUUUGGGAGUUAGCAGAGAAUCUCCAGAAGCUGAACGCAUAGAAACUGAAGUUCAACCUUAUGUAGCACGAAUUCUUAUGGCCCGUUCUCUACUAGAAAGCAUAAUACCAGCAUUUGUGAGUUUAUUUAUUGGUCCUUGGUCAGAUAAAUUUGGAAGGCGACCAAUAAUUUUAACAACAUUCACAGGUUACUUCUCCGGGUUUGUGAUACUGACUACCCUUGCGUUUUUAUCGACUAAAGUUGUGAUAUCUCCAUGGUUAUUUUUACUAUCAUCCAUACCAUCUGUAUUAAGUGGUGGUACUUGUGCGCUUAUAACUGGUAUUUAUUGUUACAUAUCCGAUGUUGCGAAACCAAAAGUAAGAGCAGUACGUAUGGUUCUUAAUGAGGCUUCACUUUGCGCUGGUAUGAUGAUUGGUAAUGUAGCCAGUGGCUAUAUAUAUGGCGCCACCAAUGUGGUAACAGUUUUCUUUAUAUCAGCCAUAUUUAUGGUGUUAGCAUUACUUUAUGUCUAUAUUUUCGUGGUGGAAAGCCUUACUGUAGAACAGAUACACCCUGGCUCUAAAAUACGUCAAUUUUUCCGUUUCGAUUUGGUGAAAGAUCUUGUACGUACUUGCUUCGAAAGACGACCAAGCUAUGAUCGCGCAAUUAUUUGGUUAACAAUGAUGUCUUUGACAAUAGCCAUAUUUACUAUGGAGGGUGAUAAUAAUGUUACAUAUCUUUUUGUGCGGAAGAAGUUUGAUUGGACUCUGAAAGACUACAGUUUAUUUAGUGCUGCUCGCAUUGUAGUCCAAAUUGUAGGCAGUAUUUUUGCCAUGAUAUUUUUAAAAAGGGUAUUGAAGUUCUCUAUAAUUACUAUGACGAUGAUUUCUUUGGCAUGCUGUGUGCUUGAAAGUACAGUACGUGCCACUGCAAUCGUUUGGUGGGAAAUGUACUUAGGCCUGAGUUUAGGUUUUAUGCGUGGCAUAAUGGGUCCUAUGUCUCGUGCGAUUUUAUCACAUGUUGCACCAGCAACUGAAGUUGGUAAAAUAUAUGCUCUAACAACAUCUCUGGAGUGCGUAUCACCACUUGGUGCAGCUCCUCUAUAUACUUUAGUAUAUAACUUAACGCUAUCAUAUUAUCCUGGAGCAUUUAACUUUAUAAGUGCUGGACUUUAUCUACUAUGCUUUACAUUAAUAUCCACAAUUUAUGGCAUACAAAAAUCGAUGGGUAGUACUGCUGCUUAUGAGGCUAUCGGAAGUUAGUCACAAUUUUAGUUACAUUUUAAUCCGGAUUAAAUUUUAGACAUUUUAUCGUAUCAAAGUGAUCUUUCUUUAUGACUAUAGUAUUUGUAUAAUGAAAUUUAUAAAUUUAUUAAAUGUAUAUUUAAAAUAAGAUAAUUUAAAUA